CAAGUCGCGCUUUCAAACCGCGAUUUGUCCGCACUAAUUAGCCGGUUUGUGUAUUUAAGUAAUCCUAAAUAGGCCACUAGUUUGCCCGAUUGUUGAGUUUCAGCUGGGAAACUCCCAAAUUUCCGUACCCCUAACGAUAAAAAUAUGAAAAAUCAUCUAGCGACAUCUUGUGGGAUAUGCAAAUGAGUUAGUGAGCUUAGUUACCCAUAAUGCAACUUUGCUUACAACAUGUCUGUCGUCGGAGGAGUGAGGACAUAAGCAGGCAAUGAACUGAUGAAAUUUCGGAUAUUUAUACGAAAUGCCCGCGUCAAUCCUUGAAAUUAAGGAGCGAUUAAAGCGAGUGAUAGACGACAAUGGCACUGUUCGUGACAUGGGAGUUGCUGAGGAGGCGAUCGGUAUACUCGAAAGAUCUGUGGUAACUAAGGAGGACUUGGAGGCAACACGUCUUGGACUUUACGUGAAUAAUAUUCGUAAAGCGGCAAGAAACAGUCCUCUCGCUAAACGAGCAAAAAAUCUUGUCAAAUCAUGGAGGCAGAUGAUCGAACAGGGAACUCGACAAUGCCCUCCAGUGGUACAACCUCCAAGACUCCGUCCAGAAACCCCAAACAGUGUUGGCUCAAGUCCCUCCCCACCUGAACCCCACGAUUAUAACACUAUCCCAACGUACCCCUCUCCUCGCACUCCUGCACUGCCCCCACAACGAUCUCGGCCCAAUACCCCGAUAGAAAGUGGGGGGAACAAGCCCCGAAAAAAGAGAGAUCAUUCUGAAAGUAAUAAACCUCACAGAAAGAAAGAUGCUGUUGAUGGACCUUCGACCCCAAAAGUUCAAAGUUCGGAGGUCAAAGUAUCAAACAUGGUGACUCCUAAGGGUCGGGGAUCAAAUGCAAUAAUCCCGAGCUCAUUGACCCCUAAAGACCAAGGUUCGGAGGUCAAAAAACCAGGAAAGAAGCAAACCAAGGACUCUGCCCUUAUGUCUGUUGGGACUAAUGGUCUUAAAUUAACAUUUAGUAAGGCUCGUCCAGGAGCGCAAUCUGCAAAUAACCUGACAGAAGAUGAAGAAGUUGACGUUGUAACCAAUAGCAACCCUGUCACACUCCAUCGAUCACAGACUGAACCUGCUUUACGAAUUCCGACCCCAACUUCAAAAGAAUCUCGCAAAAAUCGCACAAAAGUAAAAAAGACUCACAAAAGCCCUCACAAAACUUCUUCCCCGGCCCUUCCAAAUAUCUCUAGCGCCACCGAGAGGCUUCCAAGACAAGACGAUGUUUAUAAUAAUAAUAAAACUGAAACAAAAAUGACAACGUCGAAAUCAUCACCGAAUGUCACUGUGCAAAAUUCAUCGACGAAAUAUAAAUCGCCCGAUAAAAUGAAUAAAACAAUUCCGGCGCCGAAAAGUUGCAAUGAUUUAAAAAAUAUUUCACCUGAGGCUUCGAUUGUCAAUUCGGAUCGCAAAAGGAAGAGAGAACAGCUGCAGGUUGAAACUGCGUCGUUAGAAACCUCACCGUCCACUGAUAAACCAAGAGGCCCCAAGGAAAGGAGAUUGACGUUAACCUAUGAUCACAGGACCAAGCAAUUACAACAGGUUCCCAGCGACGUUUCUGAUCACCGGUCGUCGUCUUCAGAGAGAGAAAUCAAGAAAAAAUCAAUCAAAGUCUCACCAAAACAAUCCAGCAUUUUUAAAAACGGAAAAGACUUUAAUUUACACGUAAAAACAAAAACAGAAAUUAAUCGAAAUAACAUUUCGCCAAGCGACAGACAAUCAACUGAAGUAAAAAUAAAACAAGUCCAAAAAGUUUCAACAAAAAUUGAGAAAAAGGAGAUUAGGAAUCCAAGUGUUCCUGAAGAGUUAGUUGAAAGCAACGAGAUACCUACAAGAAUUUCUCCCACUGUUUCUAUAUUGGGUGAUUAUAAUAGUACUUCAUUUAAAAGCUGUGCCGGCGAUUGCUCAGCUAAUUUUUACGAAACUCGACGCGAAUUUCGGAAACGAAAAACACGACGAAAAGAAACUGGUGAUAUUAAGUUGACAUCAAUGUUUCCGCUUUCGAAUCUUGUCGAGAACAUUGACUCUGAUUCUACAAGUUCGGACUCCGAGCACAACUUAGAAAAAACAUUUUGCAAUUCUAUUACUAUUAGCGAAAAGUACGAGCCUACACAUUCUCGUAUCUGUAAACAACCAGGUGUGACUGGUUGUCGUGGUAACAACGGGUCAUGGUAUGACUGGAUGGAGUCUUUUUGUGUUCGUAACCACAUGAAAUCAGAGCCACUCCCCGGGGAGGAGGAAAAACUACCUUUACAAAUAUUGCCUUAUGUCGAAUUGGACUAGAGUCCCCCUGAUAUGGCUGAAUGACCUCAGAUGUCACGGCUGAACGGCCUGUUAUGGUUGAGUGACCUCGAAUGUCAAGGUCCAAUGAUCACAAAUUUUAUGGUUGAAUGAUCACAAAAUGCAACUCACCAACCAAAUGCGCCAAUUUUAUUUUGGCUAUACUAAAUUGGAUCCAUUCUGUAGGAAAAACAUGGUCAAUUCUGAAUAAUGCUUGUUUAUUUGUAAAUUCUGAUGUUUCUGAAUAUUAUUAUAGUCAAUUCGACUUGACAGAGUAAAUCAUCGGUAUCUUAUGAGAAAUUGACUUGCCUAACGGAAUAAUUUCAUGUUUAUUAUAAAGGAAAGCUCUAACUCAAAAUCUUCAACCGACCUAUUUAGUCACCUAUUUGUCGAAUUGUUUUUUAAAGUUGUCUAGUGAGCAAAUAUCUUCUGCUAAUGAAGGAUGUGCCUCAAGAGAUUAAAACUGGUCUUGACAAUGUAUGAAUAGAAUGAAUGGUUGUCUAAACCGAAUUGAAAGUUUGAAGUUUGAUUCCCUGCAUUUAGGAAUAAUUCAGAUUAGUUUCAAUUUGAAUUAUCAUUUCGAGAAAUUGAAGUUUUGCUGUGUAACCAAAAGGCCUCCAUUUAAUUUCUGAGAACUGUAAAAUAUAGAGGGACAUUCAAACAUAGUUUAUCUUAACUCCUGCAUUUCCAAAAUAAACUGAUUGAAUAUAUAUGACCCCUAAUAAUCCCAUGCAGCAGUGAGAUUAGGCUCAGUUCACAAUUGUCCUUUUCCAUCAGUCUCUCAUAAACUAUGGGUAUCCGAAUUCUUGAUUCUAGUGUUAUGUUUCAGUGUAUGGAAUUCGCAUAUCAAAUCAAUGUUAUUUUAUUUUAAUGCAAAAGUUACCAGUAUUAAAUAUGCCUGAUUGGGGGGAGACAAUAUAAUUAUAAAAAAGUUAUGAAAAAAAGUAUGACAUUAAACUGUGAGAAAAUUUACAACCAACUCCCUAUUUUGGAUUAGAAAUAUUUCGGCUCUGGAUCCCGAUUAGCCAGAAAUUUUGUCUUCAAGACUGCAAGAAAUCAAUUUUUAAUAACAAAAACUAUGUCGUAUGCAAAACUUCUUUGAUAGAAUAAUAGGGUGCUUAGUGAACAUGCUUUUUGAGCUUCUAUGGAAAAUUUUGACUUUUUUUAUUCCAUUGGAAAUUUUGCAACUCAGAUGAAGAAUUCGCACUCCUGGGAUUUUGAGAAAUCAGACUCAAGUGUUAAUAUGCUCAUAUCUGACCUCACAGACUCUGUCAUAAUACUUCAAAACCAGAUUUUGCAAAAAGUAUAGGAUAAUCAGGGAAAAUUUCACUUCAUGUUGGUAGUUUUUCUUAUCGGCUACCGUGGGAAGAUAUACAAUCGAUUCGUGACUCUGGGUUGAUUCCAACCCCUGGCAGUUAGAGAAUUACGGUCCCACAUCUCAGACCAUAAUACUUUUGUACAAUAUGCCAAAGUUGUAUAAGUCAAAAUUUACGAAAAGUGGUGUCAUAAUACAAACGUGGCAUCAUAAUGCAAAAAUGUGAUGUCAUGAGUUAGCCAUCCUCAUUUUGUACAAUUGUGCAUGCAAAAGCUAGCCAUCAAUAAAAAUGCUAGUUAACUGCAAAAAUUUGGUAAAUUUUACCAACUUUUUUACUUUGUCCACCUCUGCUAAAGUCUGAGAUCGCAGUGAUAUUUUUGUCUUCUAUUUAUUUCUUUCUACUUUACUCAAAACGUGUCUUUAUGCUGAUGCAGGUCCAUAAAAACCAUUCAUUAAAAAUAUUCAAACUUAUAUUGGAGUGUGUACAUCGUUGAGGAGG